AUGACUUUUCGAAAAGAAAUCCCAAAUGAAGUUUCCCCCAGCAACGAGCAAAAGAUUCCGGUAUACCUCAACGUGUAUGACAUGUUACCACCCGGUAAACUCACGGACUUUGGAUAUAUGAUUGGAAUAGGCGUGUUUCAUUCGGGAGUGGAAGUAUUGGACAAAGGCCACGAGUUCGAUACUAGCGGCGUUUUCCUUUUGAGACCAAAAGUUGGACCACCCAAUGUGUCGUUCAAAGAAUCAUAUCUGAUGGGAUACACGUCAAAGGAUAAGGAAGAGAUAAAAAGCAUCAUCGACGAGUUGUCUAACGAAUGGAGCGGAAAUAGCUAUAACCUAUUGACGAGAAACUGCAAUCACUUUUCCAGUGAGUUGUGCAUAAGAUUGGUUGGAAAGCCAGCACCAAGUAAGACGAGUUCGCAUUUUGCGUGGGUUGAUUGGGUUAACCGUGCCGCGCGCCUUGGGAAGUUUUUUCCAUGUGUUGUUCCAAACGAUCCGGAAUUCGAGGAGGAUGACAAAAAUGUAAAAAGCGUCGUUGACACAAACCAUCACUUCACAUAG